UAGUAUUUGUAUUUGACUGACAUAUACUUCGUCUAUUAAAGUUUAGAUAGAAACUACUUUACAGCAGUUUCAAAAGAGCAUAUAGCAAUCAAUGCAUGACAAAUGUGAACUUACACCUGAUUUUCGGAGAAAAGUUUAAUUGAAAGCCAUUUUCUUUGCAAGGAGAUAGAUCUCAUCAGUCACUGAGUGAGAAAGGAGAGUGGGAAAUAACACAAGGUAGCUAUGUGUAACAACAACAAUACCUGUGAAGUGGAGACCCUCCAAGCCGUGGGCUACCUUCCUGUGUUCCUGGUGGGCUUGCUACUCAACAUGGCGGUUCUACGCGUCUUCCUCGCCAAACGAGCCAUGUGGACCGACACACACGUCUACAUGCUGAACCUCGCAGCAGCCAACUUCUCCCUCGUGUUCUUCCUCCCCUUCCGCAUCUACAAGGCCUUCCACCGUCUAGACAGAACACACUUCUGCACCUUCCUCAUCUCCACACAUUACAUCAACAUGUACGCCAGCAUCCUCACGGUCACCGCCAUCAGCAUCCACCGCUACCUGGCGGUCAAGUACCCGUUCCACACCAGAACAUGGCGGUCAAAGAAGGUGGCUGCGGUGGUGUGUGGGACCAUAUGGGUCACCGUAGUAACGAUUUGUGCCGUGUUCAGAAAAGACAACGAUCCUCGCAAACUGAUUACAUGUUAUGAAGUAUUUCAAGAAAGCACGUUGUCAGUUGAGUUCCUUGUGGUUCUAGAAGUGCUGGGGUAUCUUCUGCCAGUUUUGAUUUUAGUGUUCUGUUCCACACAGACCAUAAGGGUUCUAAUGAAGGAGAAGGAUGAGGAUGAGGAUACCACUGUGGAGAAGAGGAACAUUAUUGGCAUAGUAACAGCCAACCUGAUCGUCUUUGUGGUCUGCUACACACCCAUCCAUCUUGGGUUUCUGCUGAGAUUCCUUUUCAAACAAAAUAAAUGUGAAUCUUUCAAAUUAGUGCGUGAUUUUUGGCUAGUUUGUGAAUGGAUCGCUACCACAAACUGCUUCCUGGAUUCCAUUAGUUAUUACUUUAUGUUGAAACAGUUUUAUUUUGAAAACAGCAGAUCAGCAGUGAACACACACGACCGACAAUGAGUCAUCAUACUCCUCCCUUCAUGUUCUACACCACCACAAUAAUGUCAUCAUGUUUUUGUCAACAUUUCUUUCAUUAAAAUAAUGUAUUAAAUGGAGUGUGUGUGCGCACGCGAGAGUACUUGCAUGCGUGGGUGUGUUUGUGUGUGAGAGAGAGAUGUGUGGUUGCCAAUGCAAACACAUAAUGAAUGUACCAUGAAUGAUAUAAAUAGACUAUUUACAUGGACAUGGGCCUUAGUUGACCUUUUAGAUGGGAAAUAUGUUCUACCACAGUGAGGUCUGGAGAGGCUUGUUUCAGUCUGCUCAGUAGGUGCUAAAUUGUGUCUGUUAUGUCAUCAAAGCUGCAGUAUAAACUCGAUAUCAAGCCAAGCCAUAGAGCAGGGAUGGGCAGCUCAGCAUCUUGAGUGUUUUGUGUGUGGUGCUCAAACACAUCUGAAUAAAUUAAUUGCAGUCUAGAGACAACAAAUGUACAGUAAUUCAUUGAUUUGACUUAGAAUGGUUAGUGCCGGGCUAGAGCAAAAGCCUGCACACAUUACAGCCCCCUCAAGGAUCAGAGUUGAUCACCGCUGGCGUAAAGACAUAUUACUGUACUCAUGUAAAACAUAAAGGUGUCUAGACUGAUUCAAGGAGCACUCUAACACAAAGGCAAUGCCCUAGCUGUUAAUGACAUCAACUCAAACAAGCAAUGAUUCACCACCCAAUCACAUAGGGUGUAUGUAUCUCAAUAGGAUAAUGUGGCCUCCUCUACUGGUCUCUUUCAAUGAAUCUGCCUUGACCUGAAAACCCAGGAUACAUGAGAAUAUGAUAGAUUCCAACUGUGAGCUGUCCACUUCUUUCAUAUCGGUGCAUCUGAAGGUAAAGAGAUGAGAGGACGCCACGGUAGAACGCUGAGACGCACCCAUGGAGUUAUUGGCCGAGUUCGAGAGGAUCAUAAACACAACGUAUCAUGGGUAAAUUGUGACUAACUGACUGAUCUACAAAUAAUUAUCAGUCGUUAUUUAUGAUGCAAGGUGAUUUGUAGAUCAGUCAGUCGGCAGUCGCCUGCAGUCAUUUUGAUGCUCGAGAACACAGCCAAUCUCACCGAUGGCUCUUUCCUCACCUGCAAAGACUAGUUUCCACCGCCAUCUAGUGGUGAUAGAAAUGGUUGCUUGAAAGAAUCCUACUGUAUAACAUUACAGUCAAAUUAACAAUCCAUAAAGAUACAACAAAGAUGAAUACAUAUUCAUUGUUUAUUAGAAUAAUAAAGAAUAUAUCGACAGGGUUGUCCAUAUUAACUGACUGCUGUAUCCUCUCACAUUAAGUGUUUAAUGUGUGUGUGUGUGUGUGUGUGUGUGUGUGUGUGUGUGUGUGUGUGUGUGUGUGUGUGUGUGUGUGUGUGUGUGUGUGUGUGUGUGUGUGUGUGUGUGUGUGUGUGUGUGUGUGUAUGUGAGCAUGUGUGUGUGUGUGUGUGUGUGUGUGUGUGUGUGUGUGUGCAUGUGAGCGUGUGUGUGUGUGUGUGUGUGUGUGUGUGUGUGUGUGUGUGUGUGUGUGUGUGUGUGUGUGUGUGUGCGUGCGUGCGUGCGUGCGUGUGUGUGUGUGAGUGUGUGUGUGUGUGUGUGUGUGUGUGUGUGUGUGUGUGUGUGUGUGUGUGUGUGUGUGUGUGUGUGUGUGUGUGU